AUGGCGGACUCGGAAUUUGGAGACGAGUCCGAAUAUGGUCCAUCCUCUGUCAGGACAGUUAUCAUGGACGCGGUCCUCGCGCCGUUCCGCGUGCUGGUAUCCAAGUCCGCCUUACGGCUAUACCUGAACACGCUGCUGUUCAUGGGCGCUGCAGCGCUGCUAAUAGGUAUCUCCGCAAUUGCAUAUGGGGUCUUCUAUUUAAAGUUCAUUCCUACGGUCGGAUUACAGCGUGAAGUCCAUCUACAAUUCGGUAAUGGCAAUCCCUGGGGCACGGCGAACUUCGACUCAGAAUUUGUGGCUCUCCAACCCUACGAUGUAUCCGUGACGCUCGAGCUUCCACGCACACCCUCAAAUCUCGAUACAGGCAACUUCAUGCUUGACCUCACCCUCUUUUCCUCCCGGCCUGCAUCGUCCCUCCUCCCCGGUCCGAAUAAUGCCCCCAUCUCGCAGGCCCGCCGCCCUGCUAUCAUGACUUAUGCUUCACCCCUGGUGGAUGUUGCCCGGAGAGUGACGCGGAUGCCGCUCUAUGUUGUUGGCUGGCGCCGGGAGUCGGAGACGCUGGAGGUCCCGAUGAUGGAGCUGCUCGAGUUUUCAAAAGGGGCACGCAAUUUACCGCAGAGUCUGCGGCUGGAGAUUCAAAGUGACUCGAAGAUGCAGGUUUAUACAGCUACGGUGGAAUUCCGUGCUAGGCUUACCGGGCUUAGAUGGCUGAUGUAUCGCUGGAAAAUUACUUCUUUUGUUAUUUUCAGCUCUUUAUUCUGGUCUGUCUCUAUGCUCUCUGCUAGCUUGACUUGGCUGGCGAUGACUUGGGUUUUGGGGACUAUGCCUAAGAAAGAAAUCAAGGAGGAGCCCCUGGACUCUAUUAAAGAAGAGUCUGAGGGCGAGGAUACUUCUGAUGAAUCUUCUGAGGUCAAAAAGGAGGAACAGGAAGGGAGGUUGCUUUCUAGCUAUCCAGCCCAGGGCGAUGAAGCCGGCACAGGCUCUGGACUAGAAAGCGCAGAAGCUCGUGGAUGGAAUGACAUGUGGAUCAUUUGGGCCGAUUGCGACAACGCAAAGCGGGGGGAACUUUCUUCCCCUCCAUUCUUCAUAUCUCAACCAACUCCGCCCAUAAUGCAUAUCUUGGUCACCAACGAUGACGGUCCUCCGUCAAACCAGUCAUCGCCCUAUGUCCAUUCGCUCGUCCAAUCGCUCCAGUCCGCCGGCCACACAGUCUCGGUUAUUCUCCCGCACCAGCAGCGAUCAUGGAUCGGUAAAGCGCACAUCGUAGGCGCAUCCGUCAAACCUACCUAUUUCCGACCUGGCACGCUCCACCAAGAAGACGGGACAACACACCAUCUACCCCGGGGCAGUGAUGGUGAACCGGACGAUGGCGAAGGUGACGAAUGGAUUCUGAUCGACUCGACUCCCGCGAGCUGUGUCCAGAUCGGUCUAUAUCACUACUUCAAGGAACGUGGCCCUAUCGAUGUCAUUGUAUCCGGUCCGAACUAUGGUCGCAACACAACCGCACUGUUCGCAUUGUCGAGUGGAACCAUUGGCGCAGCGUUGGAAGGUGCAUGCUGUGGUACGCGCUCAAUUGCUCUAUCGUAUGCUUUCAGCUCUCGGAACCAUGACCCUGUGAUUAUCGCCGAGGCAUCGGGACAUUCAGUCAAGGUGAUUGAGCAUCUUUGCGCGAACUGGGCAGACGGGGUGCACCUCUACAGCGUCAACGUUCCCCUCGAACCCGGCGUUAGUGAGAAUAAGGUCCUAUAUACCGAUAUGCUGCAGAAUACGUGGACAUCUGGGAGUUGCUUCCAGGCUGUCGACCCCACCUCCGCAGACGACCCUGCCUUGCAAGAACAGCAGCUGCGCGACCAAGGCGAAGUGUCAGGAAAGAAGCCGGAUCAGACUGUUGAUAGCAGCGAGAAGUCAUCCUACGGGCCCCGAUUUCAACACAAGCAUUUCAAGUGGGCGCCGAGCUUCCAGGACGUUUACCGAAGCGUGGAGGAAAGUGAGCCUGGCAAUGAUGGCUGGACCGUUAAGGAGCAAAUGACUAGCGUCACACCUCUCAGGGCCAACUUCAUGCCCGCGCCCGGUAUUUCGGGGGAGAUCAAGCUAUCGGCCAAUCAGCCCUCGUUGUAUUCCUUCGUCGACUGCGAUGACUCCUACGUGCAAGAAAUGGUUGAGCGGGCAUUGACCCGUCGCCUGGGAAGCGCCUCCAAGCGUGUGUCUUCUAUCUCCGAACUACCUGACUCUUCCGCACCACUCUUCCAGUACCGCGAGUAUGAGCGCCUCGACUUCGAGCAUAUCAUGUCCAGGCCCUCGACGUCUCUUUCAAGUGCAUACAUCAUCCGCAAAGCUUUGAUUCGCAAGCACUAUCUCUCAAAUACAGUGUCCAAUUGGAUUUCAAAGCACCCAGAUAGCAUUCUACGACACCACUUCAAGCCCGCCUUCGAUUUCGAACUCGACUAUGCUGAAUUCCUCGACGAUGCCCUGCUGGAAGCAUACGAACUGAACGAAAGCCUAGCCAAGAACAAAGAGCGACCAGACUCCGAGAAGGAAUGGUGGAUCCUCAAGCCCGGCAUGAGCGAUCGAGGCCAAGGAAUCCGCAUCUUCAACAGCGAAGACCAGCUGCGCGAGAUCUUUGAGGAGUGGGAAGAAGACUCAGACGAUGAGAGUGGAUCUGAGGCAAACGACGACGACGACGACGAUGGCGACGACGCUGAAGCCAACGUCGGCGCCGCCCUGGACACAGGCAUCGUCACCUCACAGCUGCGCCACUUCCUCGCACAGCCCUACAUCGACCCUCCCCUUCUCCUCCCAUCGUCCUCGAACCGCAAAUUCCACAUCCGCACCUACGUGCUCGCCUCAGGUUCACUCAAAGUCUACGUCUUCAAGGAGAUGCUCGCACUCUUCGCUGCUAAGACUUACUGUGCCCCGCAUGAAGAAGAUGAAGUCGCUGAUCUCGCGCGUCAUCUGACCAACACCUGUUUCCAGGAAGGCGGCAGCUCGAACAAAGAGAGUGUGCGCCGCUUCUGGGACCUUGACCACCACGUCCCCGGUCUCAGUGCAGACUGGAAGGAGAAGAUCUUUGAGCAGAUCUGCGCGGUGACGGGUGAGGUGUUUGAAGCUGCGGCCCGGGGUAUGAUGGUUCAUUUCCAGACUUUGCCUAAUGCGUUUGAGUUGUUUGGUGUUGAUUUCCUCGUUGAUGCCAAUGGGGAUGUGUGGCUACUGGAGCUCAACGCUUACCCGGAUUUCGCGCAGACUGGUGAGGAUCUGAAGGAGGCCGUUGUUGGGCGCUUGUUUGAGGAGGUGGUUGAUGUUGCUGUCAAGCCUUUCUUUGGUCUGGGUGAUGGAGCUGGCACUGAUGAUAUGAAACUGGUUGCUGAUAUUGAUCUCGGAAGAAAUGCUUAG